AAAAGCGGAGGCAGGAGAUCGUGGCGGGACGGAAAGCGGCGUGUGGGUGGCGAGUGGUCCCUGUUUGUAGGCAGGCAGGGCGGGCAGCGCUCGGUGGCUGCAGUGCCGGGAGGAGGCUGCGGGCGCCGCUGUUGACCGAGAGGAGCGAGAGGAGGAUCGGAGCGCUGGCGGCAGCCCCGCCCGCUGCGGCCAGGCUGGAUCGCUGGAUCGCUGGAUUGGUGGGUGGGCAGGCCGGGCGGCGGUGUGCGAUCGUGCUGCCGGUGCGGAUCCGUGCGGCGGAGAGGCGGCGGAGGCUGGGGCAGGGCCCGGGAGCGGAGAGGCCGGUGGGAAAGGUCAGCAAGCGCUGGGAGCUGAGCAGCAGCGGCAGCGGGGAGCUAAGUUGUCGGAGAUGAGCUGGGCGGGGAGGCGCUGGGGCCGGCGGCAGCGAGCUGUGCUCUGGGCCGUCCUGCUGGCGGCGUGGGAGGCGGCGUGGGGGCAGCUGCGCUACUCGGUGCCCGAGGAGCUGCCCAAGGGCUCGUUCGUGGGCGACGUGGCCAAGGACCUGGGACUGCAGCUGCCGGAGCUCAGCGGUCGUGGUGCCCGCAUUGUCUCGGAAGGUCGGACGCAAUAUUUCGCUUUGCACGGGAAGACGGGACAUUUAGUGACGGCGGAGAGGAUCGACAGAGAGCAGCUGUGCCGGCAGUUGGAAAAAUGCGUGCUGCGCUGUGAGCUGAUCGUGGAGGGGGAAAUGAUGGUUUACCGAAUCGAAGUGGAGAUCACGGACAUUAAUGACAACGCGCCCAGCUUUAAAGAAAGUGAGUUUGAGGAGAGGAUUAGCGAGACGACAGCUCCAGGAUCGCGGUUUCCUCUGGCCAGGGCUCAUGACCCGGACUCUGGACGAAACUCCCUGCAGAGCUACGAGCUGAGCGGUGACGAGCACUUCUCACUGGCCGUGCAGGCGGGCCCCGGCGGCGAUCAGCGUCCCGAGCUGGUGCUGGCCAAGGCGCUGGACCGGGAGGAGGCGGCGUUUCACGAGCUGGUGCUGAGGGCGAUGGACGGCGGCGAUCCGGCACGGACGGGCACGGCUCGGAUCCGUGUGACCGUGGUGGACGCCAACGACAACGCGCCCGUGUUCAGCCAGGCGGAGUACACGGUGCGUGUGCCCGAGGACGUGCCCGUGGGCUCUGUCCUUGUCACCGUCACGGCCACGGACGCUGACGAGGGGCUGAACGGGGAAGUUAAAUACUCGUUGAAGAAUGAGGCGGGCACGGCUAUUUUCCGUCUGGACUCUGAGAGUGGAGGGAUCACUCUGUUGCAGAGCCUGGACUACGAGGAAGGCGGCAUUUACGAACUGGAGGUGCAGGCACGGGAUGGAGGAGGCCUUUUCGACACUGCCAAAAUCGUGAUCACCGUCACAGACAUAAAUGAUAACGCACCUGUGAUUUCUGUGCGGUCAUCGCUGAGUGAGAUUUCUGAGGACGCCCCGUCGGGGACGGUGGUCGCCCUGCUCCAUGUGUAUGAUCAAGACUCGGGAGCCAACGGCGAGGUGCGCUGCUCGCUUGACACGGGUCUGUCCUUCCGGCUGGAGAAGUCUUUUGACGAUUACUACCGUGUGGUGACAGCGAGAGAGCUGGACCGGGAGCAGGUGUCGGAGUACAACGUGACGGUGCGGGCGGCAGACGGCGGGUCGCCGUCGCUGCAGAGCAGCGCGGUGCUGGCGCUGCGGGUGCUGGACGUGAACGACAACGCGCCGGUGUUCGCGGAGGAGCGCUACAGCGCGCGUGUGUGGGAGAACAACGCGGCGGGCGCGCUGGUGCUGACGGUGCGCGCCACGGACGCGGACUGGGGGCAGAACGCGCGCGUGCGGUACCGGCUGGCGGAGGGGCGGGUGCGGGGCGCGGCGCUGUCGUCGUACGUGUCGGUGCAGGCGGAGACGGGCGCGCUGUACGCGCUGCGCUCCUUGGACUACGAGGAGGUGCGCGAGCUGCGGCUGUGGGUGCUUGCGGAGGACGGCGGCGCGCCGGCGCUGAGCAGCAACGUGUCGGUGGUGCUGGUGAUCGUGGACGAGAACGACAACGCGCCGCAGGUGCUGUACCCGCCGCUGUCUCGGGCGGCGGGCUCGGGCGGCGCGUGGUCGGGCGUGGAGCUGGCGCCGCGCUGGUCGGAGCCCGGCGCGCUGGUGGCCAAGGUGGUGGCGGUGGACGCGGACGCGGGGCAGAACGCGUGGCUGUCGUACGAGCUGGCCAAGGCGACGGAGCCGGGGCUGUUCCGCGUGGGGCUGCACAGCGGCGAGGUGCGCACGGCGCGCUCGCCGCUGGCCCGCGACGCGGCGCGCCAGAGCCUGGUGGUGCUGGUGAAGGACCACGGGCGGCCGGCGCUGUCGGCCACGGCCACGCUGAGCGUGCUGCUGGCCGAGAGCGUGGCCGAGCUGCUGGCCGAGCUGGGCAGCGCGGCCGAGGCGGCGGCGCCGGGCGAGCCGGCCGGCAGCCUGACGCGCUGGCUCGUGCUGGCCGUGGCCGCCGUGUCGUGCCUCUUCCUCGCCUUCUUGCUGCUGCUGCUGGCGCUGCGCCUGCGCCGCUGGCGCCGCCAGCACCUGCUGCCGGCCCAGAGCGGCGCCUUGCGCGGCGUGCCCGUGUCGCACUUCGUGGGCAUCGACGGCGUGCGCGCCUUCCUGCAGUCCUACUCGCACGACGUGUCGCUCACGGCCGACUCGCGCAAGAGCCAGCUGCGCUUCUCGGCCGCCAGCUGCUGCGACACCCUCCCGGCGCGUCCUCUGCCCGACGAGCCCGCGCCGCUGCUCGGCGACGAGGACCCUGCCGCCGCCCUGCCCGCCGAUCCCGCCGCUCCCUCGCGGAGGAGCGAGGCCGGAGGCGGUGCAGCCGCUGAGGCCCGGCCCAAGGCGGGCCCCGUUGAGCGCGGCCAUCGGGCGGCUGCAGUGGCGUGGCGGCGCCUCCGGGUGCCGCUGUUGGCCGCCGCCUCCCGGCGCUGGAGCCGCCGCCGCCGCCGCCGCAGCGUCCUGCCCCCGCAGGCUGCUCGCUCGGCCGGCGCCGGCCAGAGCGGCAGCGGCAGCGGCAGCAGCAGCGGCGAGAGGCGGCUUUGCGGCGUGGUUGUGGGGCCGAGCGGACUGUGUUUGGUGCGGCUUUGGCCCGUGCGCUGUGUGGCGAGAGCGGCGUGA